CCACUGUUUACCAUUAAAUUUUUUAUUUCUCAUAAAGCUAUCUUAAAGCAACAAUACAAAGAUGCGUUUUAAUUCCAUUUCACUUAGUGCCGUUGCUCUCAUGGUCUCCAUGUUGACUAUAGCUCACGCUAGACCGCUAGUUGAAUCUGAUUUGGUUAGAAAUAAUGAUGUCGGUGACCGUGUUUCUAGCGGUGCUAUCGGAAAUACCCUGGAACGCGUUGGUGAUAAUGAUGUAGUUGGUACUGCCGAUGCUGUUCUCCACCAGGGCGGCGCCGGUACUAUCGUUAGCCAUGCUGUUGAUGCGGUUCAGGAUGCCUCCCUUAGUGAUUCUGCUCUGCACAUAGUAGAUGGCGCUAAAAGUCAGACAAUUUCCCGUCGUAAUGCUGCUGUUCCUGCUGCUCAGGCUGGUGGUGCUGGCGCGAAUGGUGUCCAAGCUGCUGCAAGUGUUACUCCCCCCGUCCCAGCAGAUGAAGAAAAUGAAGAUGAAAAUGAACCUGAUGAAAAUGAACCUGAAGAAGCAAGUGAAGGUCUUAGACGUCGGUCUGAAAAGAACGGUGAUGAUGAGGAAGACGAAGAUGAGAAAGAUGAAAAUGAGAACGAAAAACGUUCUCUUGGAGAUGAAGAAGAGGAAGACGAGGAAGAGCCUGAUGAGGAAGAGCCUGAGGAAGAUAGCCCCUCUGAAGAUAAUGAAUCCUCAGGUUAAAUCACUAUAACUUUCUUACUUGGUGAAUUUACAUUUCUUUUUACUUUGAAACCAUUGUUUGCUUGAUCGCAAUUAUUUACCAAGCGUUAGCAUUUAAUAAUGUCGUCUGUCUAAUUUAAUUAUUGUAAGAAUAUCAAUAAAGCUAUUUUAUUUAC